AUGGCACCCGUUACCGCCCCACAAAAAAAGACGCUCGGAAAAGUCCUCGUAAUCGGCGGCUGCGGCUUCCUAGGCCACCACAUCGUGGACCUCCUCCUCGAAUCCUACAAGUGCACCAUCUCGGUGCUCGACCUGCGCACGACUCGCAAUCGCCGUCCCGAUUCCGACAACGUGCAAUACUUCGACAGCGACAUUACCUCGCUCUCAUCCAUUCUGCCGAUCUUCGAGAAGAUAAAGCCAGAUAUCGUCAUUCACACAGCGUCUCCUGUGGCCGUUGGCGAGAGCUCCGAGAGCAAGGCGAAGCUGCGCAAUGCGAUGUAUAAGAAGGUCAACGUGGAUGGGACACAGUGUGUGAUUGAGGCGUGUCAGAAGACGGAUGUCAAAGGGCUGGUGUACACCAGCUCUGCGAGCGUGAUUAGUGAUACGGAGACAGAUUUGGUAAAUGCUGAUGAAAGAUGGCCUGUUGUUCCGGCGAAGAACCAGAAGGAGUAUUAUUCUACUACUAAGGCAAUAGCAGAAUCCCACGUCCUCGCCGCAAACCGCUCCCCUACCUCCCCCUCCCUCCUAACCUGCGCUAUCCGCCCCGCCGCCAUCUUCGGCGAAGGUGACGUGCAAGUAAUCCCCGGCACCCUCUCCGCCUACACAACAAACAAAACCGGCUUCCAGCUCGGCGACAACAACAACCUCUUCGAUUUUACUUACGUGCGCAACAUCGCACACGCCCAUUUACUCGCCGCCUACGCGCUCCGCGUAACCUCGCAGACCUCCAUCGCCCCCUUGGACCACGAGAAAGUAGACGGUGAAGUGUUCAUCAUCACGAACGACCAGCCAGUGUAUUUCUGGGAUUUCGCACGCGCGGUGUGGAAAGCGGCGGGCAAUCAGAAGGGCACCGAGCAUGUGUGGGUUAUCGGCAAAGAUGUGGGACUCGUGCUGGCGACGGUUGUGGAGUGGGGGACCUGGUUGGUGGGCAGGGAUACGCCGUUCAAGAGGCGGAUUGUGAGGUUUAGUAGUAUGACACGGUAUUAUGAUUGCUCGAAGGCGAAGAGGAGGUUGGGGUACCGCCCGAUUGUGAGUUUGCAGGAGGGGAUACAGAGGGCGGUGGCGUACUGGCUGGAGGAGCAGAAGAGCGAGGGGGAGAAGAAGGGUCAGUAA